AUGAACAAAAAUAUAAUUUCCCAUAAAGGACUAGAAUUCGUUCCAUAUAUAUCAAAAUAAUAACUAGAAAAAGCAGUUUAAAAAGUUGCUGAUGAAAUAUCUAGAGAUUACCAUGAUAAAAACCCUCUUUUUAUUGGAAUAUUAAAUGGUGCUUUUAUUUUUUGUGCAGAUUUAGUCCGAAAGUUAGAUUUCUUAGGAAUAGAAGUUGAAUUUUGUAAAGUUUCUUCUUAUUAAGGAACUGAAAGUACAGAAUAACUUAAAUAAUUAAUAGGGCUUAAGUCUGAUAUAAAAGGUAAAAAUAUAAUUUUAGUUGAGGAUAUUAUAGAUAGUGGAUAUACAAUAAGUUAACUUCUUAAACAUUUAAAAAGUAAAGAACCUGAAAGUAUAAAAGUAUGCACACUUUUUUUAAAAGAAGCUUGCUUAAAGCAUGAAAUUUAAAUAGAUUAUGUAGGAAUUAAAAUAGAUCCUGAGUUUAUUCUUGGUUAUGGGUUAGAUUAUGAUGAAUGGGGAAGAAAUUUAGAUGAAGUUUGGAUACUUAAAAAAUAAAAAUGA